AUGGGCGCAGCAGUUGUCUUCAUCUUCCAGCAGCGGCUGUUCCCCCUUGUCCUCGGAGGGCGGGCGGGCGGUGCGACGUCUUCGGCCAAGUCGUUCCUUGUUGCUGGUGGAGCUGGCUCGGAAUCUUGUUUCCGCAGGCCCUCCCCUUUCGAGGAGGGAGCAGACCUCUAUCGCCACCUCCGUGGGCACGCCCAUAACGGCCUGAGUUACCGCAGGAACCGGGAGAGAGUCCAUGUGCGUGGCGGUGGUGGCAGUCGCAACGUCUCGCCCCUCGCGAGACUUGCAGGCCAGCAACUCGCGGAGCUGCGCAAGCUGAAGGCGCACCUCGUCCACCUGAGCCCGAAGUGCAGCCUCUCCUCUGCCAUGGCAGAUUUGAGAGCGGACAGCCCAGAGGAAGAAGAGGCUGCGGCGCGCGUGGGACAGCGCGCCGCUGCGGAGAGGCCGCUGCGCCGACUCGUCCGGCUGGCGGCGUGGCUGACGCUGCUGUACCUGCUGCCGCUGGGCCCGCGGGGGGCCGCCCUCAAUAGCACGGACGCCGGCGGGGCCGACGACGACGACGUCGCCUGGACCCCACUGACCGCGCCGCUUACGUAUAUCAUCAGUCUCGACCGGGUUCUUGGACGCUGGUACGUUGUGGAAGAGUGGGGUCCAAGUCACGUCUUAGAUUAUACCAUAUAUGAUUGGUUCGACUUCUCGCUCGAUGAAAAUGGUAUACUGACGGUCGAGUGGUUUACAAAGCCAGAAGAAGGCUACGUGAUAACGCCAGCUGCAGCUAUCGAAACGGAAUUUCCUGCAACCCCUGAGUUCGACGAUGAACUGGCGGAUGAGAAGAUGGCCGUCUUCGGGUACACAGUGGUGGACCUGUCACCCGACGAACGCUUCUUGUCGGUGGCGGUGUGCGCGGGCCGCUCCAGCAACUGCACGGUCCUCGUGCUGGCUCGUGACGUGGCCGACGCCGACAACUUCAGCGCGCUGGUGGGCGUGCAUCAGCGAAUUGGGGCCGCGCAGCGCGGUUUCGUGGAGGUGGUGCUCCAGAGGGGGUCGCGGGCGCCAGAGAGCACGGCGCACCUGCCUUGCAGCUACAACCCCAGCAGAGGACGCCUCCAGUGCAGCUUCUGACGCCCGCCGGCCGCCGUUCGCAGCAGUGUCGCUCGCGUCAGUGUAGUGCGUCCCAAGUACUGCCAGUCUUGACGAAUGUUAAAAAAAAUAAGUGUGCAAACUCCAGUCAAGUUGUCAGGUUUCAAUGCAAAGAUAUGACUUUCGCUAAACAAUAAAGCUGGACGCACGGUCGUGUAAACUAGAAAUGAUCAUAAGGAUAUUAUCUUCGAACAAUCAAAUUGAACCUCUACAAUUAAAACAAAACUUUUGUGGAACCUAUGACGACGACAACGAAACGAACAGCGAACAGUGAUGAACUUGUUUCAGCGGUUUCUAAUUCCUUACUUACGUAGUUAUUUCUUAUUAUUCUUGUUGUAACAGUAACAGAAACAACGAAUGAAAUUCUCAGUUAUAUAUGU